UCACGUGUCCCGCCCCGGUCCCCGCCCCCUGUGGCCGUGUAUUGAUAUGCCUGGCUCCUCCCCCGGCCGGGUGUUGAAGGAUGGGGGAAGGGAUGUAUCACGAGCGGCAGCGGCUGGAGCUGUGUGCGGUGCACGCCAUCAAUAAUCUCCUCCAGAGGGAAGAAUUCUGCCAGAGCCGGGCCGAGGAGAUCUGCCGGGGGUUGUCCCCGAACUCCGUGAUCAACCCGCACCGCAGUCUGCUGGGCCUCGGCAACUAUGACGUCAACGUCAUCAUGGCGGCCCUGCAGUUGGUGGACUACGCCGCCGUGUGGUGGGACAAACGCAGGUCUCUGGAGAGUUUGGCGCCGAGUGAAAUCUUCGGCUUCAUCCUGAACAUCCCGUCACCCAUCUCGCUGGGCUUCCUCUCUCUGCCGAUCACCCGCAAGCACUGGAUCGCCGUACGGCAGAUCAACGGCAUCUACUACAACCUGGAUUCAAAGCUGAAAUCGCCCGCCAAGCUUGGGGGCCCCAGAGAACUGAAGGACUUCCUCCAGGGCUGCAUCGCCCGCGGCUCCUGCGAGGUCCUGCUGGUGGUGACGAAGGAGGUGGAGGAGAGCCGGCUGUGGAUGACGGAGGAGGGCGCCACGUGAGAGCAAAGUCUUCCCAGAACCCUCAGCUGGGCUGAGCCAAUAACCCAAAGACUUUUUAAGUUAUAACAUUGAGUAUUUUUAUUUAUUGGGAGGAGGGGGGGGUACCCAUCCCCCGCCCUCCUCCCCUCUCCUUUCAGGGUAACCCCUCCCCCCAGAUGCAGACCGCCGGAAUCAGAAGAUGCGCAGCCCUGACCCGGCGGUCCUUCCCGUCUUCUGAUAUAUGCACUUCUAUACUAUGACUGCCUUAACGAUCGCCUGUCUUUUCUACCCGCAUUAAUGAUCGACAUCCAAUGGUUUUCUGCUAAUUCUAUUAAAGUGAUUUUAUACGAGCGAAA